AUGAGGGUCAUCCUAAGUGGUAACGAUUGUGACUGUCUUGCCAAGAUGAUCGAUGUCUACACUGAUCAGAUGUUGUCAGCUGAGGUGAAAUGGACACACAAUACAAGUUUACGAUUGGAAUGUGCUUCAGAAUGUUACAGAGAUGAGAAAUGUGUGAGUUUUCAGUUUUCGAAGACCGACAGCCUGUGUGUGGCUUAUGUCGUCAACUCUGAGAGCAGUCCUAGCAGCGUCAGUAGCCCUGGCUACAUCAUGUACGACACAUGUCGAUGUUCAACUGUUACAACACCACCGGAGGACAGUUCUGCUCAUCAAUCUCCACAUCAAGAACCUCCACAAAAUGACCCUCCCCCUCCACCGCCACCUCAAGAACCUCCACAAAAUGACCCUCCACCUCCACCUCCACCUCAAGACCCUCUACAAAAUGACCCUCCACCUCCACCGCCACCUCAAGAACCUCUACAAAAUGACCCUCCCCCUCCACCGCCACCUCAGGAAUCUCCACAAAAUGACCCUCCUCCUCCACCUCCACCUCAAGAACCUCCACAAAAUGACUCUCCCCCUCCAACGCCGCCUCAAGAACCUCCACAAAAUGACCCUCCCCCUCCACCGCCACCGCAAGAACCUCAACAAAAUGACCCUCCUCCUACACCUCCAAUUCAACCUCAAGAACCUCCACAAAAUGAGCCUCCUCCUCCACCUCCACCUCAAGAACCUCCACAAAAUGACCCUCCCCCUCCAACGCCACCCCAAGAACCUCCACAAAAUGACCCUCCACCUCCACCUCCACCUCAAGAACCUCUACAAAAUGACCCUCCUCCUCCACCGCCACCUCAAGAACCUCCACAAAAUGACCCUCCAUCUCCACCUCCACCUCAAGAACCUCCACAAAAUGACCCUCCACCUCAAGAACCUCCACAAAAUGACCCUCCUACUCCACCUCCACCUCAAGAACCUCCACAAAAUGACCCUCCCCCUCCACCUCAAGAACCUCCACAAAAUGACCCUCAACCUCCACCUCAAGAACCUCCACAAAAUGACCCUCCUCCUCCACCGCCACCUCAAGAACCUCCACAAAAUGACCCUCCUCCUCCACCUCCAGCUCAAGAACCUCCACAAAAUGACCCUCCACCUCCACCUCCACCUCAAGAACCUCCACAAAAUGACCCUCCUCCUCCAACUCCACCUCAAGAACCUCCACAAAAUGACCCUCCACCUCCACCUCAAGAAUCUCUACAAAAUGACCCUCCCGCUCCACCGCCACCUCAAGAACCUCCACAAAAUGACCCUCCCCCACCAAUACCGCCUCAAGAAUCUCUACAAAAUGACCCUCCACCUCCACCUCAGGAACCUCCACAAAAUGAGCCUCCUACUCCACCUCCACCUCAAGAACCUCCACAAAAUGACCCUCCUCCUCCACCGCCACCUCAAGAACCUCCACAAAAUGACCCUCCUCCUCCACCACCACCUCAAGAACCUCCACAAAUUGACCCUCCGCCUCCACCUCUACCUCAAGAAUCUCCACAAAAUGACUCUCCACCUCCACCUCAAGAACCUCCACAAAAUGACCCUCCACCUCCACCGCCACCUCAAGAACCUCCACAAAUUGACCCUCCCCCUCCACCGCCACCUCAAGAACCUCCACAAAAUGACCCUCCAACUCCACCGCCACCACAGGAACCUCCAAAAAAUGACCCUCCACCUCCACCUCAAGAACCUCUACAAAUUGACCCUCCCCCUCCACCGCCUCCCCAAGAACCUCUACAAAAUGACCCUCUUCCUCCACCUCCACCGCCACCCCAAGAACCUCCACAAAAUGACCCUCCGCCUCCUCAAGAACCUCCACAAAAUGACCCUCCCCCUCCACCGCCACCCCAAGAACCUCUACAAAAUGACCCUCCGCCUCCACCGCCAUCUCAAGAAUCUCAACAAAAUGACCCUCCACCUCCACCUCCACCUCCACCUCAAGAACCUCCACAAAAUGACCCUCCGCCUCCACCUCCACCUCAGGAACCUCCACAAAAUGACCUUCCUCCUCCAUCUCCACCUCAAGAACCUCCACAAAAUGACCCUCCACCUCCACCUCAAGAACCUCCACAAAAUGACCCUCCCCCUCCAACGCCACCUCAAGAACCUCCACAAAAUGACUCUCCACCUCCACCGCCACCACAGGAACCUCCACAAAAUGACCCUCCUCCUCCACCGCCACCCCAAGAACCUCCACAAAAUGACCCUCCUCCUCCACCUCCACCGCCACCUCAAGAACCUCAACAAAAUGACCCUCCGCCUACUCAAGAACCUCCACAAAAUGACCCUCCCCCUCCACCGCCACCCCAAGAACCUCUACAAAAUGACCCUCCGCCUCCACCGCCACCUCAAGAAUCUCAACAAAAUGACCCUCCACCUCCACCUCAAGAACCUCCACAAAAUGACCCUUCACCUCCACCGCCACCUCAAGAACCUCUACGAAAUGACCCUCCACCUCCACCGCCACCUCAAGAACCUCCACAAAAUGACCCUCCUCCUCCACCUCCACCUCAAGAACCUCCACAAAAUGACCCUCCACCUCCACCGCCACCUCAAGAACCUCCACAAAAUGAGCCUCCUCCUCCACCUCCUACUCAAGAACCUCCACAAAAUGACCCUCCACCUCCAUCGCCACCUCAAGAAUCUCCACAAAAUGACUCUCCACCUCCACCUCAAGAACCUCCACAAAAUGACCCUCCGCCUAAAGAAUCCUCCACAAAAUGACCCUCCGCCUCCACCAACACCUCAAGAAACUCCACAAAAUGACCCUCCUCCUCCACCUCCACCGCCACCUUAAGAACUUUCCUCCCUACCACC